AUGUCGAUUCGUGCCCAAUUUGAGAACUCCAACGAGGUGGGCGUGUUUUCCAAGCUCACCAAUAGCUACGGACUGGUUGCGAUUGGUGGCUCGCAGAACUUCUAUUCUGCUUUCGAGUCCCGCUUAGGCGACGUUAUUCCUCUGUGCCAGACCACCAUCGGCGGCAACCGGAUCGUGGGCCGCCUGACCGCCGGAAACCGUCGGGGUCUCCUUGUUCCUUCCUCGACAACAGACCAGGAGCUGCAGCACAUCCGCAACACCCUGCCCGACACCGUCAAGGUCCAGCGGGUCGAGGAGCGGUUGUCAGCGCUGGGAAACGUCAUCUGCACAAACGACUACGUCGCUCUGGUGCACCCUGAUAUCGAGCGCGAAACCGAAGAGCUUAUUGCCGACAUUCUGGGCGUCGAGGUGUUCCGCCAGACGGUCGCCGGCAACGUUCUCGUCGGAUCGUACGCAACAAUUACCAACAACGGUGGCCUGGUUCACCCGCAAACAAGUGUACAAGACCAAGAAGAGCUGUCAAGUCUUUUGCAAAUCCCCCUGGUCGCUGGCACCGUGAACCGCGGCUCCUCGGUUCUCGGUGGUGGCAUGGUUGUCAACGACUGGCUGGCCGUCGUCGGCUACGACACAACUGCCCCCGAAUUGCAUGUUAUCGAGAGCAUUUUCGGCCUUAAUAACGAGGCUCCCGACCAAGACCUACUUAUCGAACACUAUUAUUAG